AUGACGGCCAAGCUGCACUCGUUUGAGGGUCACAACGAUGAAGUGUACCAGAUCCAGUGGUCGCCACUCAACGAGACUAUUUUGGGCUCUUGCUCGGCUGAUCGCCAAACGCACGUGUGGGGACCUCAACAAGAUUGUUCCGACUUUUCGUGGAAUCCAAACGACCCGUGGAUGGUGGCUUCGGUGGCAGAGGACAAUGUCCUACUUGGCUAUUUCCCAGUUUUAAAUGAAGAUGGAGAUAUUAUUGAUGGAGCCAAGGACCCACAUCAAAGUCAAGAUUUAUGCACGCAAAUUUACAGUCAAAUGAGUCGAUUAAACACAAUGGACAAUAUUUUUUACGAUGCGCAGCGUCAAGGACGUGUUUCAUUCUACAUGACGUCGCACGGCGAGGAAGCCAUUUCAUUUGGUACUGCAUCAGCACUGCGUCUUUGUGAUAUGGUGUUUGCACAAUAUCGUGAACCUGGUGUGAUUAUGUGGCGAGGAUUUUCACUUCAGGAGUUUGCUGAUCAAUGCUUUAGCAAUAAAGACGGACAUGGUAAAGGUCAUCAAAUGCCAGUGCACUACGGCUUUAACAACCUUAAUCACCAAACGAUUUCGUUACCAUUGGCCACGCAGCUUCCUCAGGCUGCUGGAGCUGCUUACGCUUUUAAAUUGGCGAAGGAAGACCGCAUUGCAGUUUGCUAUUUUGGUGAAGGUGCUGCUAGUGAGGGUGACUUUCAUGCUGCAUUAAACAUAGCAUCCACGAAGGAGUGCCCUAUUUUGUUCAUUGUCCGGAACAAUGGUUUUGCUGUCAGUACAUCAACUGUUGAGCAAUUCCGUGGCGACGGUAUCGCAUCACGUGGCAGUGGAUACGGGAUUCCUGUCAUGCGCGUUGAUGGCAAUGACGUUUUGGCUGUGCACGAAGUUACUCGGCGUGCUCGUGAGUUCAUUUUGAAGGAGAACCGGCCCGUGCUUAUCGAGGCUAUGUCCUACCGGCAGGGUCACCACUCCACUUCAGAUGACUUGACGCAGUACCGUGCUGUGGCAGGCAUCAAGCACUGGAAGGAGACCUGUGAUUCGGUCGACCGGACAAAGCGUUAUAUGAUGAAACGCGGCUGGCUGACGGAAGAGCAGGAUCGUCACAUGCAAGAUAAUGAACGAACAAAUGUCCUUGCUGUAUUACAGCAAGCCGAAUCGAAGGAGCCGGCUGCUUUGGAAACGAUGUUUGAGGAUGUGUAUGACGUCAAUAUGCCGCAUAUGCUCGAACAAGAGUGUAAGAUGUUUGAACAUGUUGCAAAGUUUCCUGAGUAUUACGCUAGAGAGCACUAG